CUCCCACUGAAACCGAUUCAAAGUCAGUUUGGUGGCGAAAGACCAACGGUUUGUAUUUGUUGUCACGAGAUGCGCUUCCUCCCAAAGAGGCCAAAAAGUAAAUAGGAAUCGAGGUAUUAGCUAGUGGCAAUGGGCAUGAGGAACGAAAUACUGCCGGCUAACUAACGUCGCCUUAGUCAACGAUUGUCCAGUCGAAACAAACCGGUGUUUGUUAUUUUGGAAAGCCAAAAGGACGUUCAACAAAAGGGAAAGGGGAACUUCACUUCAGACAAGAUGGAGAUGCUUUGUUUCCGGUUACCGGGCCACGGGGACACAACCUUGAAGCACAUGAAUUCACUGAGGUCCCGCCAGCACUUCUGUGACAUCACCAUUGUGGCCAGCGACAAUCAGACAUUCAGGGGACAUAAGGUGGUGUUGGCUGCUUGCUCGCCCUUCUUACGGGACCAGUUCCUCCUCAACCCCUCCUCCAAACUUCAGGUGUCGAUGCUGUACAGCUCCACAGUGGUGUGUGAUCUGCUUCAGUCAUGUUACACUGGCAUCCUGCAGUUUAACCCUGAGGAGAUUGUCAACUACCUGACCGCUGCCAGCUAUCUACAGAUGGAGCAUAUUGUGGAGCGCUGCCGAGGAGCACUGAAGAAGUACAUGCAGCUAAAGAACCCCAGUCGACCAAAGGAGCCGAGACAGGCUCAACCAGUGAUUGUCAGUGGAAGCAUUCAUUCUGUUGGAUCUGCAUCUCCUCCCACGGGCCGACCCUCCCCUGUGCACCCACACAGUCCCGUGUUACGCUCAGGAGAGGAGAACAACAGCGAUAUGUCUGCUCAGGGCAGCAGUCAACACCAGGGUGACAGUCCCAUGCUGGAUGAGCCAUCUAUUAAGGUUAAUGCAUCAGAUGAGGACGAAGAAGCCAGACAGGAGGACUACGAUGUGUUCAGAGUGUACAUCUCUGAAGAAGAGCAGAUGAACAGAGACAGGGAAGAGGAGAGAGGAGCUCCCUCCGAUGGACCCCAAGAUGCCUGUUACCCAGAGACAGAGGGUGUUGUGAUUGGAGGAGAAAGCAUUGAAAGUGACUUAAAUCCAACAGAUGAAGAUCUCGGUACUGGGGGACAUGUUUUCAGGCGCAGGCUGCCUGACCCUAAAAUUGGCCAGGGCAGAGGUAGAGGCAGGGGGCGGGGUUUUAAGAGGAGAAGGUGGGUGUCAUCACAGGAGAAAAGACCUCAAGUCAUAGAUCACCAACAGGAUUUGUGGUGUCUGGCAACUGCAGGGAUAGGAGGGAGUUUCGGGCUGGACUACAACCCCGAUGGGCUUAAGGCUGGAGGUUACUACUCAGUUGAACUACCACGGUUAGACUUCGGCAUGGGCGACACUCAGGGAGAAAAGGUCUCACCCGUGGCUGCCAGUGGUCUGACCCAGUACGCCCUGGAUGAUUCCAGCUGUGGUGCUGGUGAGGGGAGUUCAGGGUUGACAACUGCUGGAACCAACGAGGGAGGGGAUGAGUCUGUGGCAGUGGUGGGAUCCACUUCAAGCGUAGCUGGGCCCGUAAUCUGCGAGCACUGUGGCAUGACGUUCCCCUCGGCCCACUCCCUAGCCAUCCACUCCCGCUCCACUCAUCUGCUGUAUGCCUGCCCCUGCUGCGGCAAACACUUCCACCACUCCGCCAACCUCACCCGACACAUGGCCGUGCACCGAGGCGCAGGCAAAACCCACCAGUGCCCCCUGUGCUAUAAGACUUUCACCCAGAAAUCCACACUGAUAGACCACAUGAACCUCCACAGUGGCGAGCGACCGCACCGCUGCGCAUACUGCCACGCCCGCUUUGCCCACAAGCCCGCCUUACGACGCCACCUGAAGGAACAGCACGGAAAAACAACGGGGCAGAACUCCCUACAUGAGCAGGAGGAGAGGGAGAGAGCGAGGGGAGCUGCUGGAGAAAUACGAGAGGAAGAGCACGAAUGUCUGGUAACCGAACAAGUGUCAUAGGCCAAAGACAGUUAAGUGUCUAAACAUCUAAAGCUCAAGCUUACUGCUGUCCGGGGGCGGGGCAGUCUGUGGGGUCACCUUCCCCAUGUGGACAUUAAGCAAGUGCUAGAAACUGACUAUGAGGCCUUUAAAAACUCAGACUAUAUAUGGGUAACAUUUGCAUUAAAAAGUGAUGGACAUGGGUAAAAAUGACAGAGACAGCACAGUCUCUUACAGUAAGGAAAGAGGCCUCUUUUCACAGCAUACACUUUGAUUUGUCAUAGUAGAAAAAGUAAAGGCACUAUAGAUGACAUUAACGGUGGCUCAGCUCUAUUCAAGUGUCCCAGUAAGCCGUGAGAGUGUGCCAGCAUGACCGAUACCAGGACCCUUAAACUGAAGCAGCUAAAUAGAAUCCAGCCACUGUUAAUUUGAUUAUUUACACCCGUGCUUCUCCUGCUGUGACUUGUGGAAGUGUCCUCAGUGACAAAGCCUGUGAUUUUCAUGUCUCUUAAAAUAGUUCGGUAAGUUCGACUCAGAACUUUAAUCUUAAACUUGAAUAUAUGUAAUACAUGUAGUACGAUGACAGGUCACGGUUCAAAGAAAAGAUGACGUGUAAAUAACAUAAUUGGAAAGUCUAUUUCUUACACUUUAGUCAUCUUUAUAAUAGUCCGCCCACACAAGUGUUUUUUUUUUCGGGGGCAUUUUUGCCUUUAUUGGACAGUUUUAACAGCUAAAAGGCAGACUGGAAACAUGGGGAGGGAGCGGUGGGUGUAACAUGCAACAACGGUUUAUCGAGAUGCUUCUGCAGACAUCUGUCUCACACUCCUGUUAGUUUUGUUGCAAAUGUUCAGGGCUAUUACCGUUAUAAGUAAAUGGUACAGUAUUAUUAUAUAAUUUGAUGAAAUCACAAGAUUCACUCCAUGGCUCCACCUGGCUUCAACCUACCUGAAGGUCUAAUCUGCCACUCAUUGUGGGGUCUUCAUCACAUCAUCAAAGCAACCUGUUGAUUUAAAAAAUGUGUAAAAUAUUGGAAGAGCUAACGUAACUUGUUAACACUUACAAAAGUUACCCGACUCAACUUUUGUGGGAUCGACUGCCCUUCCAGUGUUGGAGAAGUAUGUCUCAGGUCAUCCAUGCGUUUCUGUUACUACACCUUGACGUACAUAGAUACACACAUACACACACUCAUCAAUCUGUCUUUCUCAUUGUCUUUGUUCAGGGUUUUCCAGGUGCCAGAGGAAUGUUCAUUAUAGAUUUAAAAUCAUUACCAUGCUGACACAUGGCGCCAGGCAGAUAGUAGCUCCCUAUUGUGUAAAUGCUGUUUUCGGAGGCAGCAUACAAAGAAAUGUCAUUUCUGUGAGCAAAUAGUAGACUAGCACACAUGAGAAUUCUGUCAGAGCGUAUGUCGCAAAAAUUUUCAAAUGUGUCAAUAACCCAACUAAUAGAAGACAGUGUAAACAUAAGGUCCAAAAGGAUUCUGUAUUAUUCUGAUAUUGCAUAUUUCCUGCACAUUUUAAUCUCAAAUGCUCUUCAUAAACUCAGCAUCCUGACUGAAACAUUUCCAUUGACUCUUUGGACCCAUCUUCACAGUGACAGAUAAUCUAAACUUUGAUUUUAUUAAUAGCUUUAAUUAUUUACACAUGGUUUACACUUAAGUGUACUUAUUUGUGUAUGUUUCUUGACCAUAAAAUGUCUGUAUUUUAUGUCUCUAUUCAUGUGUUUAGGAAAUACUCAUAUCUAGAUGAACUGUACUUUAUUUCUUGCAAUAGCAACAUGAAUAUAUAUGCUUUAUAUAUGUGUGUUUGUCCAAUCCUUGUAUUACCGACUUUCAAACUGUCUUUAAGUCUGGUUUGUUGAGACAUUUGAAGAUACCUGGAACAUACUCCAAGAGGUAUAAUUCAUAUGUCUCUUGUUUAAAAUGUAUGUGGAAAUAAGUGUGGAUUUGUUUUUCCCCAGUUUCCACAUAAUUUGUGAUGUUUUGGACUUGGUAUUUAGAGCUAAUUAACUAUUAAAUUAAUCACAAGCUAUUUUGAUAAUCGAUUGUUUUUUUUUUUUUAAGAAAGUUUAAUACUGACUAGCAACGCUUACAACCUAUAACUACACUGUUUACAGUAACAGUGAUCACAGUAGCUGUGAAUAUCUCCCGCAUCUGCAUUGUUGAGGUUUUGAUUAUGAUACAUUACGACUUACAUACUUUUCCCACUUGAUGUCUUGUUGAUAGAAGGCUCAUGGAAAUCACACUCAGGGUAACAAUGUAUGGAUACUGUUUAUUGUGCUCCACAAAACAGUAUCUCUAGUUAAUGAGAAAAGCUGCCACACACAGCAUCACAUAGCAAUGUGAACUACAGUGAUCUAAUCCAGAAGAUAACUAAUUUACUAUUUAUCCUGCAAACAGACACUUAAAGCAGCCCAUGAACAUGUUAUCAUUAAAGCAAAAGCAUGAAAAGCUA